ACCAGUUCAAUGAGUUUUUAUUAUAGAAAUAUAGUUACAUUUACAGUAAGUAGAAGAUGUUUUGUUCUAUAGGAGUUUUGAAAUUGUUGCUGCUUUACAGAUUUUUUUUCAGCACAAACCAUAAAGACAUUACAAAACACAGUAUGUAAAAGCAGAUUUAAUGUCGCUGACUGAAUGCAUUGAGCAUUUAAGUUGAAUGUUACAGAACUGUCGUGUAUUAUAUGUAGAGAAUGUUUAUUAAACGUCCACAGGGUGGCGCUGCUGAGCUUUGGUUUCGCUUUAUAAAGCUGUCAGUGUUCAGUCGUGAUGGCGCUGUGUUCGGAUUUACCACAAAACCUUUCGGCGUCGAGUAAUGGACUGAGGAUUGUUCUUCUGGGUAAAGAUGUGUCAGUAAACAGUCGAGUGGGAAACUUGAUGUUGUGUAGAUCAGCGUUUGAGACUGAAUCUUCUCCAGAUGAUCAUCACUGCACUGAGAGAGUCAGAGGAAAACACAUGACACUCAUCAACUGUCCUCAUCUGCUCCAGCAGAACCUCUUGUACCAUCAGAUCACAGAUGGAGUGAAAGAGUGUGUCAGUAUGUGUGAUCCAGGACCUCACGUCAUCAUUCUCAUACUGCAGCAUCAUGACUUCAGUCAAGACGACAGAAACCGAGUCAAACAUGUGCUGAACGUAUGUGGUGAUCAGGCCAUGAAACACACAAUAGUUCUGACUACAGAUGAGGAAACGUCAACGUCUGUGUUACAGAAUGAAUUCAUUAAUGAGUUAACAGCAGAGUGUGCAGGAGGACAUCUUCAUCUGGACACUGACACGGACGGAUGGUCCUCUAUAUCCCACAGGCUACAUAAGAUACUUGAAGAAAACCGUAAUGAGUAUCUCAGAUGUAACAUAAAUGACGAAACAGAAGAAGAAGGAUCAUCAGUGGAUGAAGAACUGAGCAGAUCCUUCAUAUCAGAGGAGGAACAAAAAGAAUCUGAUGUUGAAGAACAACACAGAGACACUCAAUCAGUCAAAAAGAAAGCUACAACUCAUCUACACCAUUUACCUAUCAUAGGACGCUAUUAUACAGAGCAAAGUCCACAUCAUGACCGCUCAAGCAGAGGUGUAAAGUUCACCAGUCAACAGAAGCUGAAUUUGGUGUUGUGUGGAGCUGAUGAAUCACUGAAGAUCUUCAUAUCAAAACUCAUAAGAGGAAAAAAGAGAAAGGGAAAGAGUGUAUCUGUUUCACAUGAGAGAGAGAGAGAGAGCAGAACAGUGUGUGUGAAGAGAGAAGCGGAGGUACAUGAGCGUCUGAUCAAUGUUGUGAGUCUUCCAGCUCUGACUGGACUCUCAGAUGAAGAGAUGAUGCAUCAGACUCUCAACUGUGUGUCUCUCUGUGGUCCUGGAGUUCAUGUGUUCCUCAUCAUCAUUCCUGGCGCUCCGCUAACUGACCAACACAAAACAGAACUCCAGGAGAUCCAGAGUUUAUUCAGCUCAAGAAUCAACAAACAUGCCAUCACUGUCAUCAUCAAAGACAAGAAUAUAAUUGGUCGACUGUUCAGUAAAAUGAAUAUUUUUAGCUCUUCAUCUACUGAAGUGGAGACAUCUCAAUUGUUCGGAGGUGGUGUGUUUGUUCUGGAGCGCAGCACACAGAUAGCAUCACUUCUUCAGGACGUAGAGCGAAUGAGACAAGAGAACAGUGGAAGAUGUUACACAACCUUCAUGUAUCUCCAGGCUCAGAUCGAACGGGAGAGAAACAAACACAGAGCUGAAAUAGAGAAACUGAGAAGAUCAACAGCAGCAGGUGUAACACACAGUGGAGAUGACGAUUUGAGGAUUGUCUUGUUGGGUAAGACGGCUGUGGGCAAGAGCGCUUCAGGAAAUACAAUCUUGAGAAGAGAUGCUUUUAAAUCAACAAUUACAUCACGAUCAGUGACCAGAGAGUGUCAGAAAGAAACAUCAGAGUAUAAUAAAAGAAAGAUCACUGUGAUUGACACUCCAGGACUGUUUGACACUGCCGUUGAUAAUGUUGAGACCAGAAAGGAGAUUGUGAAGUGUGUCUCAAUGGCAGCUCCUGGACCACAUGUGUUUCUACUGGUGCUUCAACUGGGACGAUUCACUCAAGAGGAGAAAGAUGCGGUGAAGAUGAUUCAGGAGACCUUCGGUGACAAAUCCAGAAUGUACACCAUGAUACUGUUCACCAGAGGAGAUGACCUCAAAGGAACAACAUUUGAAGAUUUUAUUAAGGAUGAUGAUAGUUUACAGAGCAUCGUCAGACAGUGUGGAAACAGAUAUCAUGUGUUCAAUAAUAAUGAAACCAAAGAUCAUUCACAGGUUUCUGGUCUUCUGGAUAAGAUCGACUGUAUGGUGGCAACAAACGGAGACAGUUUCUACACCAAUGACAUGUUCCAGCUGGCAGAGAAGAACAUCAAAGAAGAACAAGAGAGAAUAAUGAAAGAGAAAGAAGACGAGAUCAAGAGAAAACAAGAAGAACUGAAAGCCAUAUAUGAAGCAGAAACAGAAAAGAUGAAGAAAGAGAAUCGGAGAGAAGGAAAAGAGAUGCAGAGAGAACUGAGAAGAAGCGAGAAGGAGUUUAAGACAAGAGAAGAAGAGAUCAAGAAAGAAACAGAUGAGAAUCUGCAAAAAGAGCUUCAGAGAAAACUGGAAGAACAGCAAAAAGAGUUUGAAGAGGAGAACAAAAGGAAAGAAAAAGCUCUAAAAGAACAACCACAGAACUUCAUCAGAUACCUGGAAGAAAAACACGAGAGAGAGAAACAAAACCUUAAAGAUAGAAUCCAAAAAGAAACAAGAGAACAAGCAGAAUGUGAUUAUCUUCAAAAACUUGAUGAUGAAGUGUCUAAAGCCUUACAACACGCUGAAAAGAAACUCCCGAGUCGCUCAAAGCGAGCUCGUGACUGGAGCAUUUAUGGAAGUUUUGUUGGAGCAGCUGCUGGAGGUUUGAUCGGUUCUGGUGAAGAUCUUGUUGAAUGGAUCAUCAGCAAACAGUUUGAUUAAUAAGCAGACACUGAAGUAGAAAUAAAACAAUCAGUCAAGUCAAUAUUAUUUAUUAAUAAAUACAUUUCUACCCACAUCAAAAAUGUAAUAUGAAACAUGCUGAAAGGUAAUAAUCAAUGUUUUCAUUAUAUUGUUUGUAGCAGGGGCACCACCAUCUUGCUAUACUCCAACCUGUUACAUCAUGGGUCAACCUGUUACAUCAUGGGUUUGGUGGUGUGAGUUCAUGAGUAGUGACAAUAGUGUGUUGGUCCUUUAAUGAAAAAGUAGUUGUAUAUGUUACAUAAUGUUUCAUUACUAUGGAAAACUAUGUACUAAAUAAGAUUAACUUGACUGUAUGAUACAGUAUAUUUACCCAUAUUACUCUUACAAAAACUUACAAAACCUUGCUUUGUGUGCUAAUUUGAUUGCUAAUGUGUUUCCUUACAGAUGUCAGACUUCUCAUUCCCGGUUUAACAAAAAUAAAAAUAAAAUAAUUUACUUGGAAACAAAAAAUGUUUACUUUGCAAGGAGCAAUUUAUGCGUGAGCAUUAAUCAUUAAUCAGAUUAAGAUUUGCAUCUGUAAUACGACUUUGUCAAUAUGUUUUAUUUUAUGUAUACGUUAUAUAAUGUGUAACUAAAGACAUCAAACUGGUGUUUUCUCUAAUAUUCCCCAAGGUCUAUAAUAACCUGCUGUGUAAUUAAAUGUAAACUGUACAUGCAAAUUAUGAGCCUACUCAUUAAAUAGUUUUCAGUGUG